ACGGGCGGCUCUCCGGGCUCUGCCGGUCCGGCUGCAGCGCUGCAGGAGCUGCGGCUGCCUCUGCCGCCCUCCCCCACUGCUGCAAUGAAAUGCAGUUACGAGGAAGGGAGGGAAGGAGCCGGAGCCAGCAAGGAGCAGCGAGAAGGAGACAAAGGAGGGGAGCGAGCGGCGGAGGGUGUGGGACGGAGCAGCUGGCAGCUCCGAGGGAGCCGCUGCGUUCCUACGGCACUGCCGCCGCCCUCCAUGGCACCGGCGUGGGGCACCCGUCGAUCUCCGUGCCAGCCCAAACAAUGAGCACGGCCCGAUUUUAUCCCGGGCAUUCCCAGCUGUGGGCACAUCCUUUGCAAUGCAUCCUUUUUGAUUCAUUGUUCGCUGGAUGGAAGCCCGCUCCAGUUCUGUGCCCCUUCCCAGGGACAGCAGAUUUGCACUUCACGGGUUUUUGGCACCUAAGUCCCCGAGGUCCUGAAAGGCACGCUGCUGCGGAGAGAGGGGGUGGGGGCCAGGGUCUCAAGCAGUGACUCGCUGAGCUAUCUGGUAAUUUGAGACCAGCUUUUUACAGGGAGGAGAGAUGCAAGGCUGCUGUUUGCCCAAAACUCUCUGUCCUCUUGCAGACAGGCUCCGAGCCUCUCAGGAAGCGUUCGGCUGUUAAAGGCACAGGGGCUGCUGCCCGGGGGCAGCUGAUGCCAGUGCUGCCAGGCGGGCAGGGGCUGGAAGGAGCACCUGGGCAUGUAGGAAGCGCCUCUGUGACAGGGUCCUAGCUGCUCACCUCGGGGCACUGCCGGGUCUGAGCUCCCUCCAGGUGCUGACCCAGGCUUUUGUUCGGGCAGGCUCUGACACAUAUUGUCACAUUCGCUUCUUGGGAGGGAUGGGCGUUACAUGGUGGUCGGCCAGCAGAUACCUGGCAGGCCUUCCCUCUCCAGGCUGUUUUCUGUCCUUCUGUCCUUCCUUUGCUCUCCCUUAACCAGUAUCCUCUGGUCUGCAUUCCAGGCGGGAUUAAAGUGAACUCUGCAAAGGAGAUCAAGCCACCCUCUGCUCUGCUAGCUGCCAGCCAUGGAGCAAGUGAUGAGGUCAACAAUGCUUCUGCUGGAGCUGCUUGUUCUUGGGGGCCUGAGAGCAGCGAUGGGCUCUGCUGUCCUGGGCACCCUGGACCUACAAAUAGAUGAGGAGCAGCCGGCUGGCACCAUCAUUGGGGACAUCAGUGCUGGCCUGCCCCCUGAAACUAGUGCCUACAUGUAUUUCAUCUCAGCACAGGAGGGCAGUGGUGUCUCCACUGACUUGGGGAUAGAUGAGAAUACAGGGAUCAUCAAAACAGCUCGUGUCCUGGACCGGGAGACUCGGGACCGCUACAGCUUCAUUGCUGUCACCCCAGAGGGCAUCACGGUAGAGGUGAACAUCCAAGUGAAUGACAUCAAUGACCACGCCCCAGCGUUUCCCAAGCAGCACAGCACCUUUCAGAUCCCGGAGCACACCCCCAUUGGCAGCAGGUUUCCCUUGGACCCGGCCUUUGAUGCCGACAGUGGCCUCCUGAACACACAAGGCUACACAAUUAAGGGAGGGAAUGUGGGGCAGGCCUUCUGCCUGGAAACGCGCCGAGGACCCAACGGGGUCCUGUAUUUGGACCUGGUGGUCAGCAACGUUCUGGAUCGGGAGAACCGUUCCUCAUACUCCCUGCUGCUGGAAGCCUACGAUGGGGGCUCUCCGCCCCGGAGCACCCAGAUGACACUGGAUGUGUCCAUUCAGGACAUCAACGACAACGCCCCCAGCUUCAACCAGAGCCGCUAUCACACGCUCAUUUCAGAGAAUCUGAAACCUGGCAGCAGCAUCCUGCAGGUCUUUGCCUCUGACGCAGAUGAAGGUGACAACGGGGAUGUGAUUUACGAGAUCAACCGACGGCAGAGCGAUCCCGAGCAGUACUUCACCAUCGAUGCCCGGACCGGAGUCAUCAAACUCAACAAGGGUCUGGACUAUGAGAUGAGGAAGGUGCACGAGCUGGUGGUGCAGGCAAGGGAUAAGGCUGUCCAUCCUGAGGUGACCACAGCCUUUGUCACUAUUCAUGUGCGUGACUACAAUGACAACCAGCCCACCAUGACUAUCAUCUUUCUGAGUGAGGAUGGCUCCCCACAGAUCUCCGAGGGAGCCCAGCCUGGACAGUACGUGGCACGCAUAUCUGUUUCCGAUCCCGACUAUGGAGAGUAUUCCAAUGUCAAUGUCACACUGGAGGGAGGAGAUGGCAAGUUUGCCCUCACUACCAAGGACAACAUAAUCUAUCUGAUCUGUGUGGACCAGCUUCUGGAUCGGGAGGAAAGAGACUCCUAUGAUCUGCGGGUGACAGCUACUGACUCAGGAACGCCCCCGCUGCGGGCAGAAUCAGCCUUUGUGCUGCAGGUGAUGGAUGUUAAUGACAACCCCCCGCUCUUUGACCAGCAGGAGUACAAGCAGAGCAUCCCCGAGGUGGUGUACCCAGGCAGCUUUGUCCUGCAGGUGACAGCUCGUGACAAGGACCAGGGUCCCAAUGGGGAGGUGCGGUACAGCAUCCUGCAUGGCCGCGACACCCACUCCAGCUGGUUCACCAUUGACCCUGCCACCGGCAUCAUCACCACUGCUGCCCCUCUGGAUUAUGAAAAGGACCCUCAGCCUCAGCUCACUGUGCUGGCCACAGACCGGGGAACCCCUGCGCUCUCUUCCUCAGCUGUGGUGCACGUGGCCUUGCAGGAUGUCAAUGACAAUGAGCCCGUGUUCAGGAGUAACUUCUACAAUGUGUCCCUGAAGGAGAGCACCCCUGUUGGGACCUGCUUCUUGCAGGCAUCGUCCGGGGAAACUCGCCCCCGCUCUUCUCCCUCAACAAGGACACAGGUGUCAUUUCUCUGUCAUGGUCUCUGAGUGGCAAAGCCAACACCCUGGUGCAGCUGGUGAUCUCUGCUCAGGACGGGGGGGGCCUGCAGGCACAGCCCAAUGCCCGGGUAAACAUCAGCAUCGUGGAGGGCACAGUCUCACCCCCUGUCUUUGAGCAAGCCCAGUACUUCUUCAGCGUGCCCGAGGACAUGCCACAGGGCGCCACUGUGGGGGCUGUCCAGGCCCAGAACCCACCAGGUCAUGCUGAUGACAUCUUCUACUCCAUCUCCUCGGGUGACCCUCAUGGCUAUUUCUCCAUCGACUCAGCCUCGGGGCAGCUGCGCACCAGCCUGCCUCUGGAUCACGAGUCCCAGGCAGUUCUGGUGCUGGACGUGCAGGCCCGGAGCGGUUCCCCCCCUGCCUACAGCAACACGUGUUGCCAUCCUCCCGCGUGCUGCCCCGGCCUGAUGCCACCGUGCUGACCCUGCAUCCCCUCGAGGGGGUCAAGCCGGGGUCUGUGAUCGGUUCAGUGGCCCCCCCGGACGCCCCUGCCCGAGGACAGCUGACCUACACGGUGGUAGGAGGCGGUGGGGACGGCACCUUUGUGGUUGACAGUGUGACAGGGGAGAUUUACGCUGCCCGUGAGCUGGACUAUGAGGCCGGGGCACGGCACGUGCUCCAGGUGAGUGCUGAGGACACGCAGCACGGCUAUCCCUCCAGCAGGUUGGUGCUGGUCCACAUCCACGUGCAGGACUGCAAUGACCAGGCCCCCACCUUCCCCGAAGACCCCAUUACCAUUGUGGUGCCUGAGAACGCCCAGGCUGGCUCCUCCAUCUUCACCUUCCAGGCGCUGGACGGGGAUGGGGUGGGCCCCAACAGCCAGGUGCGCUAUGCUCUGCUGCACCUGGAGCCGCCCGGAGCCCCCUUCCAGCUGGACGGCCGCUCGGGGCAGCUCAGCCUGCGCCAGGGCCUCGACCGCGAGGCCGCCGCCGCCUUCCUGCUGGUGGUGGAGGCCACGGACCAGGCCCGCAACGUCAGCCAGCGCCGCUCAGCCGCCGUCACCGCCCGCGUGUUCGUCACCGACGAGAACGACAACGCGCCCGUCUUCCUCUCGCCGGCCACCGUCAGCGUCAUGGAGGACCAGCCCACGGGCUUCGUGGCGCUGCAUGUGGUGGCCCAGGACAGCGACCUGGGAGAGAACGGCCGCGUGAGCUACUCCCUGCGAGCAGGCAACGCUGAUGGCCGCUUCCACCUGAACCCCAGCACCGGUGCCCUCUCCAUCGUGCGGGCCCUGAACCGGGAGGAGGUGGCCCAGCACAACCUGACGGUGGUGGCCGUGGACCACGGCUUCCCACGGCUCUCAGCCACACAGCUGCUGUCCGUGCUGGUGCUGGACGUCAACGACGAGGCUCCUGUCUUUGAGAAACCCGAGUACCAGGCCCACAUCAUGGAGAACCUGCCGGCCGGCAGCCCGGUGCUGCAGGUGCUGGCCACGGACCGCGAUCUGGGUGCCAACGGGCAGGUGUCCUAUGGGGGUCUCUCGGGGGGGCCCUUCUCCAUCCACCCACAGACGGGGCUCAUUGUCACCACGCGUCCCCUGGACCGGGAGGAGCAGGAGCAGCACGUGCUGACAGUGUAUGCCCGGGACGCCGGCCUGCCGCCCAGCCUCACCAAGGCCACGGUGUGGGUCACCGUGGGGGAUGAGAAUGACCAUGCACCCCUCCUGGAGAGGGAGUCCUGCUCCAUAGAGGUUCCUGAGAACCAGAGUCGUGUGGCACUCUACACCCUGCGGGCCACUGAUCCUGAUGGUGGGGAGAACGGACGCCUGGAGUACCGGGUGGCAGGUGGAGACCCUGGGCAGGAUUUCAGCCUAGACCCCGUCUCUGGUGUCCUCUCCACCGCACAUGCCCUCGACCGAGAGCAAAUUGCUUCCUACAGCCUCACUGUAGUGGUGCAGGACCACGGCUCCCCGCCACGCAGUGCCACCAUGUCGGUGACCGUGCAGGUGUUGGACCUCAAUGACAACGCCCCCAGUUUUGCUCAGGCCAGCUACACGGUGGAGGUGCCAGAGGACUUGCCGGUCGGCGCCCUGGUGCUGCAGCUGGCGGCCGAGGACCCGGAUGAGGGCACCAAUGGGCAGGUCUCCUACUACCUGGGCAACGAGUCGCUGGGCAUGUUCCAGGUGGAGCCGCAGAGCGGGCGGCUCCGCAGCGCGCAGGCCCUGGACCGGGAGCGCCAGCCCAGCUACAGCUUCCUGGCCAUGGCGGUGGACGCGGCGCCCUGGGAGCCCCGCAGCGCCGCCGUGCGCGUCACCGUCGUGGUGCGGGACGUCAACGACCACGUGCCGGCCUUCCUGCACAGCCCGCUCACCGUCAACCUGUCCCGCCACACGCCCCUCAAGCAGGUGGUGGCCACCAUGAGGGCCGAGGACCGGGACGCGGGCGCCAACGCCUCCAUCCUGUACCGCUUUGCCAGCCCCAGCUCCGCCUUCGCCAUCAACUCCUACACGGGGGACAUCCAGCUGCUGCAGCCCCUGGGCGCCCUCAGCCAACGCCAGCGCACGCUCUUCGUGCUGGCCAUGGACCUGGGGCAGCCGGCGCUCUCCUCCACGGGCGUGGUGGUGAUCCACAUGCAGGAGGAGCCCUACCGCGGGCUGCGCUUCCCUCGCAGCACCAGAGAUGUGGCCCUGGCUGAAAAUGCCGCCCCAGGCACUGAGGUGGCGAGUGUCCAGGCCGUGCACACGGGGGGCUCCUCGGGGCACAUCACCUACAGCAUCGUCAGUGGCAACGAGAGGAACACCUUCCUGAUCCAGCCCAGCUCAGGUGCCAUCUCAGUGCAGGACUCCAGCAGCCUGGACUUCGAGGCCAGCCCCCGGCUGCGCCUGGUGAUCCAGGCAGAGACUGCAGCUUCCUUUGGCUUUAUGGCCAUCAACCUCAACCUCCAGGAUGUGAACGACAACCUGCCCCGCUUCCAGCUGCAGAACUACGUGGCAUUCAUCUGGGAGUCACAGAGCUAUGACUCACCUGUCAUCCAGGUGCUGGCAGAUGACCUGGACCAGGGAGCAAAUGGGCAGGUGACUUAUGCCAUCAACCAGUCCCUGCCAAUGCCGGGCUUGUACCACAUUGACCCUCAGACUGGCACCAUUACCACUGCUGCCAUCCUGGACAGAGAGAUCUGGUCCCAGACGCGCCUGGUGGUGACAGCGAUGGACCGAGGAACGCCCCCGCUGAUGGGCUCGGCCACGCUGACCGUGGUGGUGAUGGACAUCAACGACAACAGCCCCACCAUCCCGGUGCCCUGGGAGAUCCGUGUCCCUGAGAACACACUGCUGGGCACCCAGAUAGCCCAGCUGACCGGGAACGACGUGGACUCGGGCCCGGCCCUGUCCUACACGCUGCUGCUGGAGGGGGACGUGGCAGACACCUUCGGGGUGCUGCGCUAC